GACGUCAGUUCCACCGUCCGCCUCGAGAUUGUUUACAGUCAGAUUUGGCGGGAGAACAUCAGACGCUCCGUUUUCGGUUUGGAACGCGUUUUUUGCGAGACGCGUGCGUCAAUGUCUGCAACUGCGUCUGCAGCUCCAGCGGAGUCGGAGGUGGACCGCAGCGGAGCUGAGGGUGAGCCCCGAGGCACCGAGCCGGAGGAGGACGGAGGGAACGGGCAGGCUGGGCCCAUCGCUGCCGCGCAGCAGCACCGUCUCGCCAAGCUACCUCUGUCGCGAAUCAAAGCUCUGAUGAAAGCCGAUCCGGAUGUGAGUCUGGCCAGUCAAGAGUCUGUGUUCAUCAUAGCUAAAGCCACGGAGCUUUUUGUUGAAAUGAUCGCCAAGGACGCUCUUGUUUAUGCACAGCAGGGAAAGAGAAAAACCCUUCAACGCAAAGACUUGGACAAUGCUAUUGAAGCAAUAGAUGAGUUUGCGUUUUUGGAAGCCUCAUUUUCCAAGAACUGUAAGCCUUAAAGCAAACAAUAUUCUGCCAUGGAGUCAGAUUAUAUGUGACCAUGAAGACCUUUGAUUCUAGGAAUUCAGAAAUGGAGGCAGUUGGUAAUAACAUGACUGUUUCAAUAAAGAUAUUCUGCUUUGUUGGCAAGACUUUGGUUCACCUUGUGAAAGGCCUGCAAUAACCUGCACUGAAUCUACUGAAGGUUCAUGACUUCAAAAUCAAUAGUUACAAUGGUAUACAGUUAAAAUUAGUGUUACUUGAUGAUGAUGCAAACUUGCCACAGUUUAGAUCCAAAAGUGACAUAUGACCUGUGAAUAGAACCAAACUUUGGUUGAACGAAGCAAUUCAUUCAUGUGUAAAGAGGUUAUUUCUUUAAAUUCAGCUGUUUGCUUUCUGUGUCACUCUU